AUGGCAAGUCCUUUUUUGAAUCCUCAUCCGCGUCAGUUGUACGUUGUACACUGUUUCGAUGGCCCAUCUGCAACCGAACGGUUGUCGUCGGUGGCGGAUCCUGCACCAAACAGUCCAAACCACCGACGCAUGUGCGGAGUUCACAGAGUCGAGUGUUACGAAGAGCAUGUUGCCUAUCAACUGAGUACAUCAAAACCCAAGCAUGACUGUUUUAUACAGAAGGUUGCUGCCGCGCCCAAGUUGGCAAAAGAUGGCCUUACAAUUGUUGGUUCAAGCUUCCUCCUACGGGGUACCCAAGAGGAGUGCAGUCGGUUCAUUCAGAACGAUCCAUACUACAAGAAGAGUGUUUGGGCAUCUGUCUCAAUUCAGAGGUACCUGGAUAGUAGUUCUACCGGGAGAGCCUUUCCACCCACGAAGCUCUUGCAUCCGGUCCCUGUGAAGAGAACAUACGGAAUCCAGCCCAUUCAAGGAGAUCAAAUCAACGGUGCCUUGCAACUCCAUGCCGGCACGGCAUAG